AAUUGGCAGUCGUAGUAGAAAACGAAAUAAAUUUAUAUCAAAGGAAUGGAACCCUCAUAGAAUCAAAAACGCAACCUUUCAGUUCGCUAAAGGCGUUAGCAUAUGACAAUGUUAGAGACCAAUUUAUUGUCAGUGAUAUGGACAAGGUAAUCGACACCAUCUACACUGUACAAAUGAACAAAGAGACUGAUAUCACCGAACCAAUCAUAAAAGGUCUUCCAGGAGACGUUCAGGGGCUAGCUAUCGAUCCUCUCGAAGACAUCUUAUAUUGGACUGAUGCAAUCAACCAUACAAUAAACUACGUAUCAUUGAAGGAAACACCUCUGGAAUCCAAAGAAUUCCUUUCGUUUGAUGAAACGUUACCCCAUGCCCUCGCCAUUGACGCAUGCAAUCGAUACUUAUAUUUUACAAAUCCAGGAGACAAACCAUCAAUAGAACGUAUUAAAUUGGACAAGACUCAACGAGAAACUCUAGUAGACAACCUAAUCAUGUCUCCAGUAGGGUUGGCAAUCGACAAUCAAGCUCAAAAACUGUACUGGGCUGACAGUCGAAUCGGUACAGUGUCGGGUAGAAUAGAAAGCAUUAAACUAGAUGGAACCAAUAGAAAUAUUGUUUUGGAGAGAAACACCAUGGAACCUUUUGGUUUGGCAGUUGACGAAGAAGCUAUUUAUUUUACUGAUACUAACAAUAAUGGACUGUACAUGUUUCCAAAAGUACAAGACCCUUAUGAUGACCCUAUCAAACUUCUAGGUUUUUCUAAUAAGCCAAUGGGACUAGUGGCUAAUAAUAAUUUCAUCAAAGAGUCAUCUGACUGUAAAUCUCUGGACAUAGCUAUCAAGGAAUACAAAGAACCAACACCUAAAGAAGAUCUUACUUCAGAAAAAGAAACGCAAAUCAUCAAAGAGUGUUUGAAUGGAGGAGAACUUACUGCCAACUAUUGCCUUUGCAAAAGGGGUUUCACGGGAAGGCGAUGUGAAACGUCCAUUUGCAGUAGUUAUUUUUGUUUGAAUGGAGAUUGUUAUCUUUCUUCAGGAGGAAAACCACUUUGCCAUUGUGAACGAGGUUUUGUAGGCGAGAGGUGUCAAAAGAACAGCUGUGAAGGUUUUUGUUUGAACGGUGGAGAAUGCAGCGUGAACUCUUCCAUUAGAAAUGCACCAACUUGUACUUGUUCUGAGGGAUACGUUGGAGACAGAUGUGAAUAUGAUAUUCAGAUAUGUGAUAACUUCUGUCAAAAUAGGAAAAAUGAACUGUUUUCCGAGAAGUACACAUUACUGUGCAGGUAA